AAAGCGUUUCUUAACAUCUUUCUGAGCCAAUUUUGUAGACUAGCUCGUCGACAAAUCUUUGUGUUCUUCUUCUUCUACAACUUAACCAGGUACCAUUACUUAGAUUCUUGUUCUCUAGAUUCUAGGAACUAUAUAGUCUUUGAUACAAUCUAGUGGUAUAAAGAAGUAAGUUCUUGAAUCCAAAGAUUAUGUAUUGCAAUAUGGUAGAGAGAAGCUACAGCUUAGAUACGCGUGGACUUGAGUCCACGGAUCUUAGAAUAGCUCUUUAUGAGAUGAAAGAAGAUGUGGAGAGGCUUGAAGGAGAGUUGGAUGCUGAAAGAGAAGCUACUGCGUCUUCGGCGAGUGAAGCCAUGUCCAUGAUACUUAGGCUUCAAGGCGAAAAGGCGAUGCUUGCUAUGGAAGCUAGCCAGUACAAGAGAAUGGUUGAGGAGAGAAUGUUGCUGGCGGAAUUUUCGAUGGAGCUUUUGGAGGAUCUGAAUUACCAGAAAGAUGUUGAAAUCAAGAAUCUUGAGUGUGAAUUACAUGCCUAUAGAUGCAAGCUUGUGAGCAUGGGAUGUAAUGGAAUUGAUGAGGAUUGUGUAAGGUUUUGCGAUAGGUCUCAAACGCCGUCUCCUGAACCGAAUAAUACAGUUACUGUGGAGAAGGGAGUUAUAGAGCAGAGCUUGGAUUCAAGAAGGGAGAAGGAGAAGAAUCUUGAUCUGUAUUGGGAGGAGAUCAAGAAGCUUGAUGAGCAAUUGAAAGAGCUAACGAAUUUUCGAGAUUCUGUAAAAGAUCAAUACAAGAAUCUGAAGCAGGAGUCUGAAACUAAGAAUGGAGAAAAGGGUUUGUGUAAACCUGAUGUUUUGGUGAAAAAAAUGUCCAAGAAGUCAUCAAAACAGAGAAAAGAGAGAAAGGAAAAAAUAGAUCAUCUGCGGGGAAGUUGUUCUGUAAACGAUGCAGAGUAUCAGGCUGAGUUGCAACGUUUGAAAGAGAGAGUAGAGAGGCUUGAGAUGGAGAAAUGCAACAAAGAGCCAGCUCAAACUAGUGGAAUAAAGCAAGAAAAUAUGAAUCUGUUACAGAGAAAAUCAGAAGAAGAGUUAAGUUCUGUGCAAUCUGCAAUGUUUGGUUAUGACUCAGCUGUUGUUUCUGUUCAAGAGGCAAUGCUUUACUUCUGGCUAUAAGGAACCCUUUCGUCUUGAGAUGACAAUUUUAGGGAGAGUUAUGAUAUUUACAACUAGCAAGAACAUCUUGAUCUGAUUGAAAAGUAUACAGACUUUGAGAAUCUCAUAGUCUGUUAUUGAGAUUAGUUAAAGAGUGUGAUUACGAUUGUACUUGCAUUUUCUUGCUUGAAGUAAGAUCCAUAUCUUCUGUAAAGUUUGAGUCUUUGAGAAAAAACAAAUCGUCUUAUAUUC